ACGCGGAAAGACAUAUAUUGCUGAAAAAGUAAGACGAUACUUGACAUGGCUUUCAAUUCCAACAAAGACAUUUAAUGUUGGAAACUACCGUCGUCGUUUAUCUAUUCCUUUUCCUCUUGCAGAGUUUUUUAAUCCAGAAAAUACAGUUGGAGAAGAGGCACGUAGAAAAGCGGCGGAAGCAGCACUUACAGAUAUGAUGACAUGGUUUAAACAAGAAUCAGGAAUUGUUGGUAUUCUUGAUGCUACAAACUCUACAAAAAAGAGGAGACGAUGGAUUCGGAGUGUUUGUGAAGAAAACAAUGUGCUUUGUAUGUUUGUUGAGUCUAUUUGUAAUGAUGAAAAAAUAAUUAUGAACAAUAUUAUGGAUGUUAAACUUAGUUCUCCAGAUUACAAAGGACAGGAUUCUGAAAAGUCUGUGUCUGAUUUUUUAAAACGAAUUAAAUAUUAUGAGCAGGCAUAUCAACCUUUAGAUGAUGAAGAUUUUUCAUACGUAAAGUUAAUUGAUGUUGGAAAAAAGGUUAUUAUAAAUCGAAUUCAGGAUUAUCUUCAAAGUAAAAUUGUUUAUUAUUUGAUGAAUUUACAUAUAAAACCAAGGAGUAUUUGGUUAAGUAGACAUGGUGAGAGUGAGUUUAAUUUGCAUGGGAUUAUUGGAGGUGAUUCAAGCUUAAGCUCCCGUGGUCUUCAAUAUGCUAAAGAACUUCCAAAUAUUCUUCAAAAGUCGUUAGGAGAAGCGCCUCUUAUAGUAUGGACAUCAACAAUGAAAAGAACUAUAGAAACCGCACAAUAUCUUCCUUAUAAGAAAUUAGAAUGGAAAGCAUUGGAUGAAUUGAGUGCUGGCGUUUUCGAUGGAAUGUCAUAUGAGGAAAUAAAAGCUCUUUUUCCUAAUGAACUAAAUUCUCGAGAAGAUGAUAAAUUUAAUUAUAGAUAUUCUGGGGGGGAAUCAUAUAGGGAUGUUGUUACUCGGUUAGAACCUAUUAUUAUGGAACUUGAGCGUCAAGGAAAUGUUUUAAUUAUUUCUCAUCAAGCUAUUCUUCGUUGUAUUUAUGGAUAUUAUCAUGAUCUUAAUCAAGAAGUUUUUCCAUUUGUAGACAUGCCCCUGCACACUGUUUUAAAACUUACACAGGCACCAUAUUCAACAUUCGAAGAGCGAUUAACUACAACGAUUCCUGCAGUGAGUACAUACAGACCUAGAAAACCAAAAUCAUCAGGAAAUCAAUCAGAAAGUUCAUUAAAUUCUACAUAA